GUUAUAACGUUAAUAGACACGGUUAAAGUAGUUGGAUCAUCGGUGCUACAUAAACGGAAGAUCAACUGGGACUGUAAUACAAAAAACUGCGUGUGAAACAUCUAUGAGAUGCGGGACGGCCUACUCAUCGGAUUCCACGUGAUCUCUUGCGUGCAGUUCGCGUUCUCGGUGUAUUAUGAUUAUACCCACGUCAACAUUCCUUCGAACGUGCUGAAAACGCACGGCGCCUACGGCGGGAAAUUCAAGUAUCUCACGUUCUGGGACGCGAUCAUUCAAGCUAUAUUUUUCUUCAUAUGCAUGCUGAACGAUUGGUUCGGCACAAAUGCCGUCAAUCCCAAGAAACCGCCGUUUAUACGCAAGCUAAAGGAUUACAUACAUGCGGUCUUCAGUUUCCCAAUCGCCAUGUUCGUUGGAGUAACGUUCUGGGCUCUCAUGUUCGUGGAUCGCGAACUAGUGUUUCCAAAGGUUCUAGACGCCUACUUUCCAUGGUGGUUGAACCAUCUAAUGCACACGAUGAUUAUGGUUUCCAUUGUAAUAGAAACAAUCUUAGCACCGAGAAAAUAUCCAAAGAGAUCAAAGAGUCUCCUUGGUCUAAGUCUCUUCAUGAUAACAUACUUGGUUUGGAUACACGUAAUCUACUAUAAAAGCGGCAUCUGGGUGUACCCUGUGAUCGACGUGCUAUCGUUGCCGCUGCGAGUCGCGUUUUUCGCAUCAAUGAUGUUGUUCAGCAUGAUGUUGUACUACCUUGGCGAGACGCUGGACAACUUCGUUUGGGGUAACGAACACACUAAACAACAAAAAUCUUACGCCAAGAGCAAGUAACCUCGGCCACGGUGAUUAGCUGCGCUGACUUCGAUCAUACAUUAGCCCUCCUUCCUAAGGUGGCGGUGAAUAAAAUGCAAAAGGCAAACGAUUUUCUACAUCUCCCCCUAUCAUCCUUUCAUUUACUCUACAUUAAAGCAUGCACGCGUGUCACGCCCGUGGAUAAGUCGUUUUUCUUUUUUUUUUUUUCUUAAUUGUGGAAAAUUUUAAAAACAAAUGGUAAUAUGUGCAUGCAAAAGAGGAGUGUGUUUAUUUAUUCUAAAAAAGGCGAAACGCGCUCAAAAAGAAAACAUGGUCGUUAAUAAUCUGUUCGCUGAAGAGGGUUUGCGUAGCUGGAGCAUGCAGAAUACAUAUGAUUUCCUUUCAUGUGGCUUGUGUCAUUCUAUGCGAUGCAAAAGAAAACGGGAAAAGACUAAUUGUAGCGACUACACACUGCACACACACACUCCGAUGCCUGAUCUGCUGAU